GGCAGGAGAGCAGCUGUACCAUCUUCAACACACACUAUCUCCUUGAUGCGUUAAGGAGGAAAGUCGGUUAAAAAGAAAUAGUAAAGGGUUCUCAGAAAGCCCCCCUGAGAAAUGCCAUUCUCUCCAACUGAGCUUUCUUGCUCAGGACUUGGAAAGCCAGCGGAACUCAGGUGUGCGAGGGCAGGGAGGAGGUCGAGCCGACGCACAGAGGACCGCCCAGCUGCGGGGGAACGGUUUGACGGGGACACAGGGCCGCGAGGAGGUUGCCACGAUGCUCCCGUCAUUGCAGGAAUCGCUGGAUGGGGAUGAAAAGGAGCUGGAGAGCAGCGAGGAGGGUGGCUCUGCGGAGGAGCGGAGACUCGAGCCACCACCCAGCAGCCACUAUUGCCUGUACAGCUACCGCGGAAGCAGAUUGACACAGCAUCGAGGGGAUAGUGAUGAUGGACAUUCUAGUGGAACAAAUACAGAAACUCCCUCUGGUGAUGAUUUCAGCCUCUCUUUGGUGGAUACUAAUCUUCCUUCUGAAGUGGAGCCAGAGCUGCGCAGUUUCAUUGCUAAGCGUCUUUCCAAAGGAGCAUUCUUUGAAGGGCUGGGUAAUGUUGCAUCUGUAGAGCUGAGAAUUCCCGGUUACCGGGUUGGUUGUUACUACCGCCUUUUCCAACAGGAAAAACUGCUUCCUGAAAUAGCAGCAGUGGAACCGGAAUUUAACCCUUCUGAGUAUGUGGUCUGCUUCUUAGGAGGGUCUGAAAAAGGACUGGAGCUUUUCAGGCUUGAAUUGGACAAGUAUAUUCAAGGGCUGAAAAAUAACAUGAACUGCAAGGAAAGCAGCGUGGGAUGUGAUGUCAGGUCCUAUCUGCACAGCUGGUAUGAGGAUGUGGUGUGUCCAAUCCAAAGGGUGGUUCUUCUCUUUCAGGAAAAGCUGACCUUUCUGCUGCAUGCUGCUCUAAGUUAUACUCCUGUUGAGCUUAAAGAAUCAGAUGAAAAAACAAAGAGAGACAUUAACAGGUUUCUGAGUGUGGCCAGUCUCCAAGGACUUAUUCAUGAAGGCACCAUGACCUCUUUGUGCAUGGCCAUGACAGAGGAGCAGCACAAGGCUGUGAUCAUCGACUGUAGUGGGCCCCAGCCGCAGUUCCACAAUGCAGGAAGCAACCGUUUUUGUGAGGACUGGAUGCAGGCUUUCCUACAUGGUGCUGAAGCGGGGAACCCUUUCCUUUUCAGACAAGUCCUGGAGAACUUUAAACUAAAGGCCAUACAAGACACAAACAAUUUGAAGAGAUUUAUCCGACAGGCAGAGAUGAAUCACUAUGCUUUGUUUAAAUGUUACAUGUUCCUUAAGAACUGCGGCAGUGGAGAUAUUCUUUUGAAGAUUGUUAAAGUGGAGCAUGAAGAAAUGCCCGAAGCCAAAAGUGUGGUGGCGGUCCUUGAAGAGUUCAUGAGAGAAACACUUGACUGAGGUGUGAGCGUGACUCGGAUUAGGCUGCUUGUGUGGAACUGUAGUUGUCAUUGUUCACAGGAUCACACUGCUCCUAAGGUGACAGGAAACACACAGGUUCUUUCUGCCUUUUGUACUUUGUUUGUUUAACUUAAUUAAACACAGAAAUCUGAGGAUCAUCUUCACAGAGUCCUAGGCAGAUAAUCUGUAUUACAAUUGUGGAAUUUUGCUACCUUGUUAGUCUCAUAAAUUUUAAGCUUAAAACAUAUGCUGCCUAAAAAGCUUUGGAGGUGAUUUUUGGCUUCUCAGGAGUUUACUGUAGUAUUUAGCAGGUUUUCCUCCUCCUCCUCAAGACAAAAAAAAAAAAAGUUCCUCUUUCUCGAUAGACCUGUGAUCCUAGUGAGAUGUGACCACACAUGCCUAUAAUCUGAGCUACAGAGUAAGUUUGUGUCCGGCCUGGACUAUAUAGCGGUCAUCACACCGAUCUCCUCACACCACCAUCUGUUUCAAAGACAGACCUGUUCAUGCUGUGGCUGCCUGAUACACACCAAUGGUUGGCACGAAGGAUGAAGCCACCUUAUUUCAAGCCAAUCUGCAAAUAAAUCAUGAGUGUAUAAGAAUUUAAAAGUGAGGGGCUGGAGAGAUGGCUCAGUAGUUAAGAGGACUGGCUGUUCUUCCAGAGGUCUUGAGUUCAAUUCCCAGCUACCACAUGGUGGCUCACAACCAUCUGUAAUGAGAUCUGGCGUCCUCCUCUGGCGUGCGGGCAUACAUGGAGGCAGAAUGUUGUAUACAUAAUAAAUAAAUAAAUCUUAAAAAAAAAUAAAGAAUUUAAAAGUGAGCCGGGCAGUGGUGGCACACACAUGCCUUUAAUGCCAGUACUUGGGAGGCAGAAACAGGUGGAUCUCAGUAGUUCGAGGCUAGCCUGGUCUACAAAGUGAGUUCCAGGACUAUUACACAGAGAACCCCUAUUUAAAAAAAUAAAAAUAAAGGAAUUUAAAACUGAGCUGGGUGAUGGUGAUGUCUUUAGUCCUAGCACUUGGGAGGCAGAGGCAGGCAGAUCUCUGUGUGUUUGAAGUCAGCAAGUUCCAGGAUAGCUGGGGAUACACAGAAAAACCUUGCUUUAAAAAAACCAAAACAAAACAAAAAUUUUAAAAUGAGCUUUAUAUUAUAUAAUACAUACUUUUGGGCUGAGAAGAUGGCUCAGAAGGCAAAGACGCCUGACACCCAAUCUGACACCCUAUGUUCAAUCUUCAGGACCCACACAGUAGGAAAGGAUCAACUCCAACAAGUUCCCUCUGACUCCUCUCCCCCCCCACAUGUACAUACAAUAAAUAUAAUAAAUGGGGGACUGUUGCUUUGGAAAAGACCCAGAUUUGAUUCCCAGCACCUACAACCAUCUGUAGCUUCAAUUCCAGGAGAUUUGAUAGCAUGCUCUGACUUCCUCAGGCAUCAGACACAAAUGUAAUAUACAGACCUACACGCAGGUAAAAUACUUAGAAACAUAAAAUAAUUAAUCUAAAACCAGAAGAAUAAAAGAAAUGGGUGUAUUAGCUUUAAUAUGAAGCAUUCUCUCAGAUGAAAAGCUAUUGCACAAGUGUCUACAUCAUUUACAGGUAGUUAUUUGCCAGGAGCCUGCAUCUCCCCCCCCCCUUUUUUUUUAGGUGAAAAUGCUGGGGUUUUUAAACAGUAUUAAGGAAAAAAAAUAGUAAACACAAUAAAUAUCCUUUACAAGCAAAUAUAAGAAUGCAAACUGGGGGCUGGAGAGAUGGCUCAGUGGUUAAGAGCACAGGCUGCUCUUCCUGAGGGCCUGAGUUCAAUUCCCAGCAACCACAUGUUGGCUCAUAAUCAUCUGUAAAGAGGUCUGGUGCCCUCUUCUGGCCUUCAGGCACACACAGAGAAAGAACAUUGUAUACAUAAUAAAUAAAUGACUUUAAAAAAAAAUGCAAACUGGAAGCCAGGUGUGGUGAUGCAUGCCUUUGAAUGCAACACUCCACAAGCCAGAGGUAGUUGGAGCUCUGUGAGUUCAGGGCCAGCCUGAUUUACUGAUUUACAUAGCAUAGUUUCAGGUCAGCUGGGUCUAUAUAAUAUAGUGAGACCCUGUCUCAAUAAAUAAGCAAAUAAAGAAUAUUUAAAAAAUUAAAAAAUGCAAACCAAUUCUUCCUAUCACAAUUGUUUAUUGAUCUUAGUUUGGUCCUGUGUCACAAGCCUUGGAUUGUUUUACUCUGGAUCAGUGCCCUGGGGUGGCCAUUUCUAAAUCCCCAUGGAUGCCAGCUGCAGCCACACACAGAGUUGUUCUGCACAGCUCUUUAUUAAAUCCAUUUGAUCAUGAUUUUGGUUUAGGAAAUCAGAAGCCUUGUGUUCUCUCUGCCUUCAGGAUGCUCAGAGGAGCAGAAGCCUGUAAAACUGAGGAACUCUUAACUGCUCGUAAACCCAUUAAGAGCAGAGUUCUAACUUUCAAAGUGAUCGACAGUGGCCUGCCUUCUCCUCUCCAUAAGUCAGUCUAGGGAUAUGACUCACCACGCCCUUUCUUUUCUUUAAUGAGAAAUACAAUGCAGGAUCUUAAAAAAUGCUUUCAUAUGGCUUUAAAGUUUAAUAACUUGGAUUAUAGGCAGUAUAGAAAAGAACCUAAGUAGCGUUUUUAUAGCCGUCUGACGACUGGGUAGUCAGCAGCUCUUAGCACUUUUCUGGACUCUUCCUAAUGCACGUAGUUGGCCACUUGGACGUCAUUUUGUAAAAAUGAGCAACAGUGGGGGCUGGAGAGAUGGCUCAGUGGUUAAGAGCAUUGCCUGCCCUUCCAAAGGUCCUGAGUUCAAUUCCCAGCAACCACAUGGUGGCUCACAACCAUCUGUAAUGAGGUCUGGUACCCUCUUCUGGCCUACAGAGAUACACACAGACAGAAUAUUGUGUACAUAAUAAAUAUAUAAAUAUUUUAAAAAAUGAGCAACAGUAGGACAUCAAUAUCUUGAGACUGUAAAAUAAAAAUCUUCAUUUUCAAACUCACAAUCAAGAGUCUGACAAAUGGCAUUUAAGAAAUAAAUGUAGGGGCUAGGGAAACAGCUCUGUGUAAAGUACUUACCGUGCAAACAUGAGGACCGGAGUUCGACCCUCACAGCCCAUAUACAAAAGUCAAGUGUGGUAGCAUGUGCUUGUAACCCUAGCACUGAUGAGGCAGGAGUCCUACUGGCCAGCCUAGCCGGAGAGAUAAUUCAGUGGAUAAAGGCCCUUGCCACCAUGUCUGAUGGCCUGAGACCUAUCUCCAGAAUCCAUGUAAAGGUGGAAGGACAGAGCCGGGUGAUGGUGGUGUUGUAUGCCUUUAAUCCCAGCACUUGGGAGGCAGAGGCAAGUAGAUCUCUGUGAGUUUGAGGCCGGCCUGGUCUACAGAGCUAGUUCCAGGACAGCCAGGGCUGUUACAGAGAGAAACCCUGUUUGGAGGGUUGCGGGGAGGUGGAAGGAGAGAGAGAACCCACUCCUGCAAACUGCUCUCUGACCUCUCCACAUGCAUCGUUCAGAAUUAAUCAGUUGACAAAUAGGAAAACAAAAGGGUAGAUGUCGCCUGAGGAUUGCUAUCCCAGGGUUGGCCUCUGGCCUCCAUAUGUUUGUACACACAAACAUAUACAUCAAAAAUAAUAAAAAUAAAAGCAAAUGCAUCAAAUCACUUGUGGAUUUUAGGCAAAAUAUAACUUUAUUUGUAGGUACUUCCUUUGCAAUGUAGGCUCACUACAAUAUACAGUUGAUUAUAGUGGUCUUAUGUUUAAAAAGAAGACUGUGAUAAAUUCUGUAUCGCUAUUAAAGACAAGGAGAAAAAUGUCAUGGAAUUAUCUUGCUGGUCCUGAGAGGAAAACAGCUCAUGGCCAGAAAGCUGUACUGUAUCCAAAUUUUAAUAAGUGAAUGUAUUAAAUUGUAAAGGUUUAAAAAGUGAUGUUCAGACAUGGAAUAAACUUGUAAUUGUGUGCAACACACAGGAAAUAUGUUUGCCUUGUAUCAAAAUUGUAACUAAUUUGUAAUAAUAAUAAAACAGCUUCUAAUCAAUGCA